GAUAUCAGACAUACCUUGGUUACUGGUAGCCUAUGUCAGUCCUUUUAUCUUUGCGUAACAGUCUUCAUCAAGCGAGCAAGGUAACAUGCGAUUAAGGAUUACAUUCACUUCUCAUUAGUAACGCCUUGGUGUUUUGUUCAUGAUUUUAUGUUAUGAUAUCAAGUGGGGUGACUGAGGAGACCCAGAUGGGGUCUUAGCCUAGACUACACUCGCUUCUUUUGUCCUCGAUUGUACUACUGGCAUCUGGAAACAAGCCCCGCGUUUAGCGCACUGGAGCGAGAUUUACUGCCAUGCUGCUAAGGAGUAAGCAAUCAGUCGCUGAGUAAGCAAUCAGUUGGGGGGCAGGAGUUCGCCCGAAAAUAUCUUCUCUCUUGAACUAAUUUGGAGAGGAUGCCCUGGGCAAUAGAAUGGACAUGUGAUUCUACGUUGGCUUAUUGUUUUUGACAGCCUUCUUGCCCACUCUUAUCGCUGCGGCGAGGAUGGUGCUGAAUGGACAGCUCCUUUGAUGCGCGGGAGCACUGAGGUGGCUAUGACGAGACUACGUGCCAAUACACAUACACAAAUAUUGGCCACUAAACUUGGAGUGCACGUGUUAUUCUUUCAUGGGUAGAUGCUGAAGGAUUCCUCUCGGUUUCAUGGCUGGGGCACGGCGGAUAAAAACUUUGUUGACUUUAAACAUCUGCGUUUUUGUGGGCAUUAUACUGUUCUCGAUUUACUGCAGAAUUCAGGAUCGCUCAGAGGAAUUCAUGAAAAACGGCAGGACUACUGAGCAAAGAUCUAACCGUAGAAAUGGAAAAAUCACUAACUUUGUAGACAAGCAGGCAAUUCUUCAAAGGCUCGAACAUCUUGAGGACGUGGUCUACCAUCAAUUAAACGGGCUGGGAAAGCCGGUUGGAUUGCUGGAGGGACAAAUGGGUCUGAGACAGGGGCAGGCCAGGAACCCUGCAACCCUGAGAAACCCUGUCCGUGACCCAGAUGGGGGAAAAUACAAAGAUUAUGGUUACAAUGCACAGCUGAGCAAUCAAAUCCCUCUGGAUAGAUCCAUUCCCGACUACAGGCCGAAAAAGUGCAAGCUGAUGACUUACCCAGAUGACCUCCCUCAGAUGACGGUGGUAUUCAUCUUUGUAAACGAGGCCUUGUCUGUGAUCCUACGGUCAGUCAACAGCCUGGUCAAUCACACACCUGCAUACGUCCUCAAGGAGAUCAUCCUGGUGGACGACAACAGUGACAGUGUGGACCUAAAGCUGAACCUGGAUCAGUAUGUGAAUAAGAAUUAUCCAGGCCUAGUGAAGAUUGUCAGAAAUAGCAGACGAGAGGGACUUAUACGGGCCAGAAUCCUUGGAUGGAAAGCAGCCACUGCACCAGUUGUUGGCUUCUUUGACGCACAUGUUGAGUUCAACACAGCAUGGUCAGAGCCAAUCCUAACAAGAAUCAGGGAGGAUCGAACACGUAUUAUUCUGCCGUCGAUCGACAACAUCAAGCACAACACGUUUGAGGUGCAGCAGUAUGCUAACGCAGCCCAUGGCUACAACUGGGGCCUGUGGUGUAUGUACAUCAUACCCCCUCAGGCCUGGCUGGACAGAGGAGAUCAGACGGCCCCCAUCAGGACCCCUGCCAUGAUUGGCUGUUCCUUUGUGGUGAACAGAGAAUACUUUAGAGAGAUUGGCCUUCUAGACCCAGGCAUGGAGGUGUAUGGAGGAGAGAACAUUGAGUUGGGCAUGAGGGUAUGGCAGUGCGGAGGGAGUAUGGAGGUUUUACCUUGUGCUCGGGUGGCACACAUUGAACGCACCAAGAAACCCUACAACAACGACAUUGAUUACUAUGCCAAGCGCAAUGCCUUGAGGGCAGCCGAGGUAUGGAUGGAUGACUACAAAUCCCAUGUAUACAUGGCCUGGAAUAUCCCCAUCAAUAACCCUGGGGUUGAUUUUGGAGAUGUUUCUGAGAGAAUCGCCUUGAGGAAGAAAUUGCAAUGUCGCAGUUUCCAGUGGUACUUGCAGAAUGUGUAUCCAGAGAUGCGAGUGUACAACGACACCAUCACCUACGGUGAGGUACGGAACAGCAAGGCCAGUGGCUAUUGCUUAGACCAAGGACCAGAUGAUGACAGCAGUCCAAUUCUCUACCCGUGCCAUGGCAUGACAUCUCAGCUGGCCCGUUACACCUCAGUGGGGCUUCUGCAGCUAGGUCCCCUGGGCUCCACUACGUUCCUGCCCAACACCAAGUGUCUGGUGGAUGAGGGACGAGGGAGGACGCCAAGUCUAAAUAAAUGUGAGGGAAUGUCACGCUCAUCACAGAGGCUUUGGGACUUUACUCAGAAUGGCCCAAUAAUCAGCAGAGACACUGGUCGUUGUUUGGAAGUAGAGAUGUCCAGAGAGGCCAGCUUCGGCCUGCGCCUGGUGGUCCAGAGAUGCUCUGGUCAGAAGUGGACUAUUAGGAACUGGAUCAAACCUCCACGACACUGAGGGUGGUCUCACACUCAAAAGGAGGUACACCAUGUACAGGCCAGCUGAUGUCUACAAAGGGACAUGGGAUCCUUAACUUGUAGCACUUGUACAAUCCUCUUCACAAAGAUUGUGUUCCUUUGGAUUGAGGCUAUAGACUCUGUUGUCUGUCCCUUUAAAGGUCAAGGAAUUUCAAAACAUCUCA